AUGUCCCGGCCAUCAAAAAUAAAGGAAAUUUGGACGUCAACCGUUGGCUUACCGAAAUGGAAUCAGUCACCAGUUGACUUAAAUUUAAUGCACGUUUUACACCGGAAGUAUCCACCUUUGUACCUUCAAGGUCAUGUAUCGAAAAAUGCCCUCGUCCAAAUGACCAACACUGGAAGUACCGUGAAAAUCCAAUUCAACGACAAGAGCGUUCCCAGUGUACGGGGCGGGCCACUCGCCGACGGGGCUGAGUAUCAAUUUUCCGAUAUGCAAUUUCGCUGGGGUCCAAGCGAUGCGCGUGGCGCUGAACAUUCCGUCGACGGUGUUUGCUCGGCAUUUUCGUCUUCAAGGUUUUCCAUGGAAGCCCAGGCGAUUCACUGGAAUACGAGCCACGGCACCAUCGACAAAUGCUACGACAAGGCCGACGGAGUCGCUAUUGUUUCCUUCUUGCUCCAGGUGAUUGGCUGUCCCGGUAUGAUCGACAAUCCAAAGUUCUCGUGCAUCGCCAGCUAUUUGCCGCUCGUAAAGACUCCCGGCCGAAGCGUCGAGCUGCCGCCAGACUGCUUGAGCUGGAUACAGGACGCUUGCUCGGAGCCGGGGUACUAUACGUAUAGCGGGUCCACCACGACUUAUCCGUACCUUGAGUGUGUUACUUGGAUCGUUGUGCCACGGCCAGUUAGGAUUUCAGCGAAACAGGUUAGUGGCUGGCUGAGAUGAAAACAAUUUGUAACAAAAAUGAUCAAAUUAAAUUUGUACGACUGGAACUUCGAGCACAUUCUGCGCAACUACAGAUCGGAGCAAAAAAUUCAACUUAGAAAGAUUUUCUACGCCACUGAAGACAAAAAGAAAAAAAAAGGAAAAAUGGCAACAGAAAACGAGCUCAAAACACUAACGAGAAAGAAGCAGUCCCCGAUCGAUAUCAUCGACCACAUCACAAGGCCAAAGUAUUUGCCACCCCUGACGUUUAUCGGACACUGGUUGAACGACGGCGAGGCCACCCUGACGAACAACGGAAAGUACCCCGUGAUAGAACUGAGCGGCUCCAGGAUACCCUCGAUCAUUAAGUGCGGCCCAUUGUGCGACGAGUACGAGUUUGAGAGCGCGCACUUCCACUGGGGCGAGUCGGACUGGUGCGGCUCCGAGCACUCGAUCGAUAACACUUGGUUUACGAUGGAAGCGCACGUGAAGCACUGGAAUCGAAAGUAUCAGACGCCAGACCAGUGCUCCAAGUAUGAAGACGGAUUUUGCAUACUGGCUUAUCUGUUCCUGGUGAAAAACGUUUGCAACUGCGAGAGUUAUUCGCCUCUUGACAAGAUUACAGACAGACUCAAGGAAAUACGUGAAUUCAAAUCAAAGAUAAAAAUUCCAGCUAAUUCCUUGAGCUGGAUGCGCAUGGCAACAGACUGCGGUUUUUAUUAUUACUACAAAGGCUCGUAUAACGCAGCCAAUUUUCCGGAAUGUGCAGUGUGGAUUGUGUUCCCGAAUCCAAUAACGAUACGAACUGAUCAGGUGGCUGAGUUCAGAAAAUUGAAAAAUGAGAAAGGCCAGAAGAUCAAAUCAAACAGAAGAGAAAUCCAGCAUCUCAAUGGCAGGAAGAUUUUCAAGGCAGUUUCAUACUAA